AUGGACACAACGAAAGAAGUUGUCCAAAAGCUGGCCAAGCUCAACAUCGAACCUUCCGUGCGAGCACAGAGUCAACAACAGCCGUCAUUUACCCCCGAGCGGACCUCCUCCUUAUCCCACUCCAAUCCUCUUGGUCUUUCUCUCAACGCCUCCCGCCAAACCGACCAAAGCAGCCGCACUCCCUUUGGUCCUGCUUCCCAAGCUGGCCUUCAGGCACAGAGCACAAAGCUAGAAGUCUUUGUGGCCACUUUAAACACACUUGUCGGCCCUAAUGGAUCCCACAACAUCCCCUUGCGUAAGCCCUUCAAAACCAUAUCCUCCAACAUCGCCAACAGUCUUGCCAGGGGCGCCAAAACCACCAACAACGGCCACAAAACUAUCAGCGGCGGCAUCACCAAAUUUCGCGACAAGAUGAGGAUGGGCGUUGACAAGAUUCUUCGACGCGAACCCUCUACAGGUCCCAAGCGCUGGUUAAAGGAGAAGGACAGGCGCAAUGACAGGAGUCUCACGAGAACCCAAAGAGGUGGCACCAUUAGUGAGGGUCUGAAAAAGAGGUUGGGGUUGAAGAGGGAGGGUGCUACUUUGGGGGUUAUCAAGGAGGAGGAGGUGGUGGAGGAGGUGGUGGUGGUGGUGGAGGAGGAUAAAGAGAAGGAGAUAAAGAUGGUGAAGGAUGUGAAGAUGGAGGACAGUACCAGGAUAGAUGAGGAUAAAUUGAUGGAGGGUUGA